GUCAGUCUGUGUUGUGCGCUCCUUGUAGCAACAGAGUACGUCAGCAUGUCGGCAGACUCAGAGCUCAGCACGCUCCUCAGCAGACGACAGGCUAUCAACGAAGCCCUGGGAGAAGGCAAGGAAGUUAAACCAACCUUCAGACAGGUUCCUCGUAGUAUCUACGCUGAGUUCCACGAGUUCAGCCGAAGACAGGUCAAAGACUAUGAGAACACAUUUAACAAAUUUGACGAGGGUAGAGACGGGUUCCUAGACUUACAAGAGCUCAAAUGGAUGAUGGAGAAGCUUGGAGCCCCUCAGACCCACCUCGGCCUCAAGGCUAUGAUCAAAGAGGUGGAUGAGGACGACGACAACAGAAUCAGCUUUAGAGAGUUUCUGCUGAUCUUCCGCAAAGCCAAAGCGGGAGAGCUUGUAGAGGAGAGUGGCCUCAGCAAGUUGGCUCAACUGACUGAGAUCAGCGUAGAGGAGGUUGGAGUGGGAGGAGCAAAGAGCUUCUUUGAAGCCAAGAUAGAAGAACUAAGUCGAGGUAGCAAGUUUGAAGAUGAAAUAAGACGGGAACAGGAGGAACGGAGGAGAGAAGAAGAAGAGAAAGUCCAGAGGAGAAUAGCGUUCAAAGAAAAAGCGGCCUUAUUCCAGAAUGGCCACUAGCACAAAAUUGUGUUUGUUGUUUUAAUGUCCCUUUUUUUCAUAGUUACAUGUUUGGUCCAAAAUAAUAUUGCAAUCACGAAUUACUAAACAGGAGAAUUCCAGUUUUGAAAAAAAAACAAAUAGUAUUUAUGUACUAAUACACAUUUCUCGAGAAUGCAACAUUUAGUUCUGUCACUUACAAAAUGGGUUCAUAUUAAUUUUAAAAGCCUUCUGUACAAAAUUAAUGAAUCUGAAAACUGAUUUUUCAUUUUACCGUUCACUAAAUUAGUAAUAAGUAGUUAUUAUUGUAAUGUAGAUUAAGUUUAUGUAAAUUGUAUAUAAAUGGAUGGACGUUGUAGGAGAUCUGUUGGUUGUUUGAUAAAUUUUAAGUAGACAAGAUAAAAAAUUAUAUUUAUUUCUUUACAAUAUUGGUACGGUACACUUAAAAUUACAGUGACAUAUUUAGUUUUAUAAAGAAAUACUCAAAAUAAUAGUAACAUUGAAUCAAAUAACUAACAGCUUAAACAAUAAAAAUAAGAAUAGGUGUUUCUGAUUUAUCAACAAAUCCUGUUCAAUUGUCCUAAACUGUUACAAUGUACUAGCCUACUGUAAUACAUUUAAUAACAAGUGUAAAGUUUUUUAAAUACUCUCUCUUUUAUAUUCAUUUCAUAUAACUUGUCAUUAAAAAUAUGGCAUUUAACAAUUUAACUCUUUAACAGAAGAAAAUAUGAUAAGGCCAAUCAUAUCAUUGUACCCAUUGAGGGUUUUAUUUUAAAAAAAUGUCAUCAAUUUAACUUUAGACCACUUUCCAAUAAUAAAAAAUGAAUGGUCUAUAAACAACUUUCUAACCUAUUAUAACUUCGCUUUAAGGUAUAGCAAUUUGUAGUUGUACUAUCUUAUUUUAUCUACUGGUUUUGUUUUAAGAUGUAUCAUUGCCUUAUAUAGAUUAUAAUUUAUUUAUUUACAUGAGAUCAAAUAGUAGAAAUUAGUCAGAUAUAGAUGUAAAUAUUUUUGUAACUUUGUCACCAUGUUUUUGAUGUAAUAAAAUUUUAUGGUAAUUU